CCCAGGUUGAUGGGUAAACUGGUUCAUUGCCCUUGGUUCCUCUCAAUGUUCGUUUUCUUAUCUACUUAACUUUCUUGGAUGAAUGAAAUGAAUGAACUGUUCGCUGUUACGUUUCUCGGCCAUUCAACCACCUUAACUAAGGCAUUUUCCCCCCAUUUCCAUUGAUUCUUUUUUUCCCCGUCCGUCAGCUCCCAACCCUCCCCACCCCUCUUUUUCUGUGAAGGAUGCUCAAUCCCAUGCUGUGACCCGCCGGAUUCCGCUGUCUCGACAAUCUGUCGCCUGUCCUUUCUCUGCUGUCACCUGUCAGUUUCUCUUAGCGACCGUUACGAAAGUCAAUACAAGCGUUUCAUUUCGGUGGGGGUGGUUCUGCUGGCAACUUCUUAGUUGAACCUUUCCUACCCGAUUCUCGUGUUUUGGUGUAAGGGGACGAAUUUCGAGGAACGAACUCAAUCGACUUGCAAAUUCCUCCAUUUGCAAACUACUACACCCAUCAUGCAUCUUACCACGGUGCUAUACUGCGGCCUGGCCGCGUUGACCCUCACCAACGCUGCACCACUCGUCGGAGAAUCCACCAGACGCGAAGUAGCCGACAGUGACGAUAGGGUCGCUUACACCUGGGCCAUACCGGAGAGAAGUCGCAAACGCGAGGACGGCGACGACAAGGUCGUCUACACCUGGGCCGUACCGGAGAGUCGCAAACGAGAGGACGGCGACGACAAGGUCGUCUAUACCUGGGCCGUACCGGAAUGAGAAACGAAAAAGCGAAAAAAAAGCCCAAAAACUGAAAUGGGAUUCUUUUCGACCCUGCCGGGGCGCCACGCAGCAGCUUUCGGCUUAUGUUCCACGAUGUGAUGACUCCUCCUGUCUCUAAACUGAACCCGGGUUUAGUAUGUUGAUAAUGAUGUUAUGUAUACUUGUUUAUGGUCGCUUCCUCCAUUCUUGUGCU